CAUUUCCGGUAUUGUGCAGUUGACCUUCGUGAAAAUAUACAUUGCCAUUGCCAUUGGUUCUUCAGGGCCAUGGCUGGGGCUGCACAAGCAAAACAAGAGAUGCCCCCGAAAGGGGGCUAUGGUCCUAUAGAUUACAGUAGAAAAAUAUUUAAAAGAAUACCAGGGAAGUAUAUCUUGGGUGGUUUUUUUGGAGUCACAGCAUAUUCAUGGUGGUUGAUGUGCGAGACUAGAAGAUACAAUAAAAUGCUCUAUUUAGAAAAUACAGAGGCAAACAUUGCUCUAGAACCAUUGAUAAUGGCUGAAAAUGACAGACUAGCUUUGAAGUUGUUUCGCCAGAAUUGUGAGCUAGAAGAAGAGCUGAUGCAGAAUAAUCCAGAUUGGAAAACUGGCACCAUAUUUGGAGUCCCAAUCUUUUAUGAUACAAGAAAUCGGGGUAUUAUGCCAUUCGGAAGAGAACUGUAUAAUCACACAAAUGUAGGAUCCUGGUAUUUGUUGGACAGACAAUAUCAUUGGAAAGCACUUGAUACAAAAUUUGAGUGGUUCCCCAAGAAGAAUCCAGCACCUCCUGAGAAUUAGAAAAGAUCAAGAUUUCUCAAAUGAUGUAACAUUUUAUUUCAUUGCCAGAACUAAAGCAAAAUUUUCUAUUAAAGUUUGAGUACAUCUCCA